AUGUUGAUUUCAAUUCCAUUGUUUGCUUUCUUUUCAAGCCUUUGCUUAUUUACUAAGCAAAUGGAAAUUGAAGAAAGCGGUGAAGAAAAUCUAAUGAAUGUUGAAAGCAAUAAUAUUAAAAUAGAGUACAAGCAAUGCAUGAAGAAUCACGCUUCCAGAAUUGGAGGCCACGCUAUUGAUGGUUGUUGCGAGUUUUUACCUGCAGGAACCGAAGGUACUGUCGAAUUUUUCAGAUGUGCUGCUUGUGACUGUCACAGAAAUUUUCACCGUAAAGAAAUUAUUGUUGUUACGGAAGAGCAGGCUUCUUCAACUCUUAACAUCCCCCGUUUUCCUCAACCGACUCCCAUUUCGACAGUUUUUCAAACGUCGACCGGCUACUUUCAUGUUAAUGGGCCGCCGAGGGGAACCAUGACUUAUCAUGCUUUGCCUUCUUCUGUUGUGCAUGGGAGAGACCACUUAUCGAGGGAGAAUAUUGAAGACAGUGUUUGUGUUGUAGAACCCAUCAAUGGUGGCGGAGAAGGAUCGUCAAACUCAAAGAAGAGGUUCAGGACUAAAUUCACUCAUGAACAAAGAAAAAAGAUGCUUGAUUUUGCUGUGAAAUUGGGUUGGAAGGUUCCUAAGAAAGACGAGAAUCUUGUGGAAGAAUUUUGUAAUGAAAUUGGGGUGAAAUGUCAAAUUCUGAAAGUGUGGAUGCAUAAUAACAAAUACACCCUAGGAAAAAGGAACUAA